AUGAAGAUUAGACAGGAAUAUUUAAAGAGUUUUGAUCAAAAAUCAUUCCAACUCCGUUCUAAUAAAAAUAAAUUUUGCGAUUGGACACAUUUCUCUACAGUCAUAAUCAUAACUUUCUUCAAAUUUGGUGGUCCAAUAAUUAAUUAA